AUGAAGGUGGCAAUUAUCUUUCUUCUCAGUGCCUUGGCCCUGCUCAAUUUAGCAGGUAACACUACAGCUAAGGUGACUGUAAGAAAGGCUAAUUGCGAUGCUACAACUCCUGGAUGUUCCAGGGAUUAUGACCCUGUGUGUGGGACUGAUAAAAGGACUUAUUCCAAUGAAUGCACUCUGUGCUUUGAAAACAGGAAUCGUGACGUGCCUAUCCUCAUUGAAAAGGAAGGGGUUUGCUAA